AUGCUACGUCGGACAAUCGCAUCCGGGAGAUCCUGCCUCGAAUGCAGUCGACGAAAGAUCAAGUGUGAUAGGUCACUUCCUUGUUCCUACUGUGUGAAGAUCAAAGCAGCAUGUGUUUAUCCGCCGAAGAGAAGGCAAUCUCGGAGCCCGGACUCAGGGAGUGUCAGUGUCACGAGUCGGCUUGAUAAUAUUGAGGAUACGCUACGAGUAUUGAGCGAGGAUCUGGGUCAGAUUAGAAACUCCUUACGCCACUUAGUCUCUUUUUCGGCAUCCGACGCUACGGGGGAUGGUGAGUUUCUCCAAACAAGACCCUCGCUUCCUCAUGGAAAGUGCGUCGAUACUGGUCUUGGCUCGGAAAUUGAAGCAGAGCCUCCAAUCCGCGCAAAUAGCGCUCUUGAUAGCGCAAAAGAAACAAUCGAACGACAACACCCGUCGCCUGUCACGAUAUCCAUUCUGUGGCAUUGGUACUUGGAUACCGUUGAUCCCGUAUUGAAGACAUUCCACACGCCUAGUGUUCAAAAAGACAUUCUGCGAGUCAUUACAGAAGAUACCACUGUGGACGUAGCAAAACAGUGUUUGCUCUUCGCGAUCUAUUAUUCUUCAGUAACCAGUAUGUCAUCUACCACGUGCUUGGACAAGCUGAAUGAAGAUAGGUCAACGCUAUUGGAACGAUAUCGGAAUGGAGUCGAGCGCGCACUUGCACGAGUAGACCUUUCGUCUUCCUUAGACAUUACUCUCCUACAAGCAUUUACCAUAUAUCUUACCUGUCUCCGACUAGACAGCCGCGGCCCAACAGUCAAAACCCACCUCUCUACAGCCAUCAACAUGGCAUACCGGAUGAAUCUUCACCGUGACGGCACAACACAAAGACUUUCAGUAUUGGAGACUGAAACGCGACGUCACCUAUGGUGGCAGCUCGUUACCCUUGACACCCGAACCGCAGAAGAUCACAACACAACGCCCUAUAUCCUUAAACCAUCCUUCACCACACAAUUUCCAUGCAUCAUCGUUGACGCAGGCCUCCCAUCCCCGAGCAUAUCCAAUGCAACUACAUCCUGCACGUUCUUCCAACUUCUCCAUUACGAACUCAUAUCCUUCACCCGACGCAUCAUUUUCUCGGACACUUUCAAUCAGGCAAACGACUAUCACAUCUUGUCCCCAAUACAUAAGCACAAGGCCAUCAACGACUUUCGACAAUCACUGGAGACCCGAUAUUUCUCUCACUGUGGCUCCAUAAAUCCCCUAGAAUUUAUAACGGCGGCAACUGUUCAGCUCUUCCUCGUGGAAAUGAAAUUAGCGGUGUGUAAGCCUGGACAAAAUUUUCGACCUAUUUGUGUAGAGGUCCUUCAGCGAGCACUCGCGCUGAGGGAGCAUGAGCAGGGACAGAAGUGGCUUUGGCUGGUUCAGAGGGAUAUAGAGUGGGGGAUGAUGGAGCUGCUGCUAGAUGAUCUAUGCGCAGAGGGGGUGAACGAGGGAAGGGAAGAGGCAUGGAGGGUUGUUGAGCAAGCAUAUGGAAAUUGGGAGGGGGAUGAAACUGAACAGGAAACUGGAAAAUGGGCGGUCAUUAAGGCUUCAAGGACCCGUGCUUUGACUGUUCGGGGUUGCGCGAGCGAAGUCGUUGUGUCGAAAGGCCUCGAAUUGGUGCCGGACAGUUAUGGUCCUGUGCCGGUGGAGGAGCUUGCUGAAGGUACUGUAACGGGAGAACUGCCAGGCGAUGGAACCGUGUGCGAGUGGAGUAUGGAGGCGUUUGAGCAGUAUUUUCUGGCGCUGGGUGCCGGGGACGGUAUGUCGAAUGUGCUUUAA